UUCUUCAGGAACAACAACACGGCUACUCUUUCAACCAACUCGGUAGCUUGCUAGCCAACAUAAAACUGGAAGAUUGACUCUUUAGACCAUGUUAAUGUACAUUAGCUAAUCUCAGUGUUGUAAACGCAGUUCAGGUGACGUAUCAACUGGUUAACUUUAACCUAAUUUGCUUGUUCAAUUUGCAAACUUGUUAAAUAUUGAUACUGAGCCUAGUACUAGGCUAAUGCUAACUAGCUAGCUAACAUCCCCGACCAUGAGCUCGCUAAACUACUCAUCCCCUGCUAAAGAAGAGGAUGCCUGUUGUACGGAGAAAGAAGCCCUGGCGCUGAACAUUGUUGUGGAAGAAGAAGAAGAGGUUGUUACAGUGAAAGAAGAGAAAGAACCUUUCAUAAUGAAAAAGGAGGAAGAAGAGGUUGUUAUAGUGAAGGAAGAAGAGGUUGUUAUAGUGAAGGAAGAAGAGGCUGUUAUAGUGAAGGAAGAAGAGGCUGUUAUAGUGAAGGAAGAAGAGGCUGUUACAGUGAAAGAAGAGAAAGAGCCUUUUAGAGAGGAAGAGGAUGCUAUCUCAAUAAAGGUGAAGGAGGAAGACGUUUUGGGAGUGAAAGAGGAGGAGACAGAAGAAGCUUUCAGAAUGAAAAAGGAGGAAGAUGCCAUUACAUUGGAAGAACUGUUUGGAGUUAAAGAGGAAGAGAAGGCUAUCUCAAUUAAAGAAGAGGAAGACGUUUUAGGAGUGAAAGAGGAGACAGAAGAAGCUUUCAGAAUAAAAAAGGAGGAAGAGGAGGCUAUCACGUUGAAAGAGGAUGAUAUUACAGUGAAAGGGGAAGAUGGGAAAGAGGUUGUCAGCGUGAAAGAGGAGGUAGAAGCUUUCAGAAUCAAAAAGGAGGAAGAUGCCAUAACAUUGAAAGAAGUGGAAGAACUGUUUGGAGUAAAAGAGGAAGAGGAGGCUAUCUCAAUUAAAGAAGAGGAAGAUGUUUUGGGAGUGAAAAAGGAGGAGGAGGAGACAGAAUAUCCGAUUACCAUCAGAGAGAGACAUGACUAUUGUGGAUCCUCUGGGGAGCCUCAACAACAUCCUGAUGCUGACGAGUCAGAGAAGAAUCUCUCCAGAUCAGAACACCAGAUGGACAACGCUAGCCCGCCCCCUUCCGCACUCCUGGAGUCCCCGUGUCAUUUCUCUCCCGGUAGCACCUUACUGCUGGGUAUGAAGAGGUUGUCUGUGCUGCUGGUGGACUGCAGGAAAACAACGGGGCUGACUGGAACUGUGAGAGGAGGAGAAGAGAAGAAAGGAUCAGAUUUGACACAUCAAAAUGAAAUCUCGCGUCUUGUGACGGCCGGCCGCCCAACAACCUGCCCGCUUGACCCUAUCCCCUCCUCUCUUCUCCAGACCAUUUCCGGAGACCUUCUCCCUUACUUCACCUCGCUCAUCAACUCAUCCUUGACCGCUGGCUACGUCCCUUCCGUCUUCAAGAGAGCGAGAGUUGCACCCCUUCUGAAAAAACCUACACUCGAUCCCUCUGAUGUCAACAACUACAGACCAGUAUCCCUUCUUUCUUUUCUCUCCAAAACUCUUGAACGUGCCGUCCUUGGCCAGCUCUCCUGCUAUCUCUCUCAGAAUGACCUUCUUGAUCCAAAUCAGUCAGGUUUCAAGACUAGUCAUUCAACUGAGACUGCUCUUCUCUGUGUCACGGAGGCGCUCCGCACUGCUAAAGCUAACUCUCUCUCCUCUGCUCUCAUCCUUCUAGACCUAUCGGCUGCCUUUGAUACUGUGAACCAUCAGAUCCUCCUCUCCACCCUCUCCGAGUUGGGCAUCUCCGGCGCGGCCCACACUUGGAUUGCGUCCUACCUGACAGGUCGCUCCUACCAGGUGGCGUGGCGAGAAUCUGUCUCCGCACCACGUGCUCUCACCACUGGUGUCCCCCAGGGCUCUGUUCUAGGCCCUCUCCUAUUCUCGCUAUACACCAAGUCACUUGGCUCUGUCAUAUCCUCACAUGGUCUCUCCUAUCAUUGCUAUGCAGACGACACACAAUUAAUCUUCUCCUUUCCCCCCUCUGAUAACCAGGUGGUGAAUCGCAUCUCUGCAUGUCUGGCAGACAUAUCAAUGUGGAUGACAGAUCACCACCUCAAGCUGAACCUCGGCAAGACGGAGCUGCUCUUCCUCCCGGGGAAGGACUGCCCGUUCCAUGAUCUCGCCAUCACGGUUGACAACUCCAUUGUGUCCUCCUCCCAGAGUGCUAAGAACCUUGGUGUGAUCCUGGACAACACCCUGUCGUUCUCAACUAACAUCAAGGCGGUGACCCGUUCCUGUAGGUUCAUGCUCUACAACAUUCGCAGAGUACGACCCUGCCUCACGCAGGAAGCGGCGCAGGUCCUAAUCCAGGCACUUGUCAUCUCCCGUCUGGAUUACUGCAACUCGCUGUUGUCUGGGCUCCCUGCCUGUGCCAUUAAACCCCUACAACUCAUCCAGAACGCCGCAGCCCGUCUGGUGUUCAACUUUCCCAAGUUCUCUCACGUCACCCCGCUCCUCCGCUCUCUCCACUGGCUUCCAGUUGAAGCUCGCAUCCGCUACAAGACCAUGGUGCUUGCCUACGGAGCUGUGAGGGGAACGGCACCUCCGUACCUUCAGGCUCUGAUCAGGCCCUACACCCAAACAAGGGCACUGCGUUCAUCCACCUCUGGCCUGCUCGCCUCCCUACCUCUGAGGAAGUACAGUUCCCGCUCAGCCCAGUCAAAACUGUUCGCUGCUCUGGCACCCCAAUGGUGGAACAAACUCCCUCACGACGCCAGGACAGCGGAGUCAAUCACCACCUUCCGGAGACACCUGAAACCCCACCUCUUUAAGGAAUACCUAGGAUAGGAUAAAGUAAUCCUUCUAAUCCCCCCCCCCCCCCUAAAAGAUUUAGAUGCACUAUUGUAAAGUGGUUGUUCCACUGGAUAUCAUAAGGUGAAUGCACCAAUUUGUAAGUCGCUCUGGAUAAGAGCGUCUGCUAAAUGACUUAAAUGUAAAUGUAAAUGUAAAUACAAUAGAUCUGCCCACUGGUAUCUGUUACCAGGACAACCAGCAGAGUUCUGUUAGUUGACAGGAAGAUAGACUGGUAUCUGUUACCAGGACAACCAGCAGAGUUCUGUUAGUUGACAGGAAGCUAGACUGGUAUCUGUUACCAGGACAACCAGCAGAGUUCUGUUAGUUGACAGGAAUAUGGACUGGUGGAUAUGGAUGUUAUGAAAUAUCAUAACACUGAAAAAGGAUUCUGCCAAUGAAAAGAAAGAGACCAAUAGACCAUAUAAAACCUUGAAAGAUAUCUUUGGAGAAAAAGUUUAAAGAUUGUCCGAUAUGAGGUGCUUUUUUACUAAAACUUUCCCUUAAAACAUUAUGGAUGUUACAUUUUCUGUCCCAGUCAACCCCCUAUCUUUACCAGACUGUACAACAGGCAAACAAAACUCCAGACUCUACAAUUUGUCCUGUGUUAAUUAAUUAACUAAUACUGGAGGAAAGCUGUGAUCAGGCUGCCCACUCAAGAGAAAGCUUCAAACUGUAACCAGUGCCAGCAACCUGGUUCAGGUUAUCAAUCAACCUACCAGGGUAGUUACAAACAGUAGAGGAAUGAAAUCAUCAACAUAUUUUGAUAAUAUCUUUACUCAUGCUGCAGAAAUGGGUUUUAAAGCAGUUUCCAAAUCCAUUGUAUGUAGUAAUCACAAUAUAGUAGCCAUGUCUAGGAAAACCACAGUUCCAAAGGCUGGGCCUAAUAUUGUGUAUAAGAGGUCAUACAAUUUUGUGUAGUGAUUCUAAUGUUGUUGAUGUAAAUAAUAUAUGUUGUUCCGUGGUGUGUAAUGAUGAGCAACCAGACGCUGCCCUUGACACAUUUAGGAAAUUGCUUAUCCCAGUUACUAAUAAGCAUGCACCUGUUAAGAAAAUGACUAUAAACUGUUAAAUCCACCUGGAUUGAUGAUAAUUUUAAAAUGGUAUGAUGAAGAGGGAGGAGGCAAAAGAGAUGGCAAAUAGGUCUGGCUGUACAACUGAUUGGCAAACGUGUUGCAAAUUGAGAAAUCAUGUGACUAAACUGAAUAAAAAGAAGAACGAACUACACUAUGAAACAAAGAUAAAUGACAAAGAAUGAUAGUAAAAAGCAGCUCCAUCAUUCAUUGAAUCAGAUGGCUCGUUCAUCACAAACCCCACUGAUAUUGCCAACUACUUGAAUGAUUUUGUUCAUUGGCAAGAUUAGCAAACUUAGACAUGACAUGCCAGCAACAAACGCUGAUACUACACAUCCAAGUAUAUUGGACCAAAUUAUGAAAGACAAGCAUUGUAAUUUUGAAUCUGUAAAGUAAGUGUGGAAGAGGUGAAACAAUUGUCUAUCAACAAUGACAAGUCACCGGGGUCUGACAACGUGGAUGGAAAAGGAUUGAGGAUAAUAGCGGACUAUAUUGAUAUUGCCACUCCUAAUUCCCUUAUCUUCAUUUACAGCCUACUAGAAAGUGUGUGUGUCCCUCAGGCCUGGAGGGAGCCAAAAGUCAUUCCGCUACCUCAGAAUAGUAAAGCCCCCUUUACUGGCUUAAAUUGCUGACUUAUCAGCCUGUUACCAACCCUUACAUUUUUUUGUAAAAAUUGUGUUUGACCAGAUACAAUGCGAUCAUAGUCUGCUGCUGGAAAAACUUGUGUUAUGGCUUUACACCCCCUGCUAUAUUGUGGAUAAAUAGCUACCUGUCGAACAGAACACAGAGGGUGUUCCAGAAUGGAAGCCAGUACAACAGAAUCAGGAAUUCCCCAGGGCAGCUGUCUAGGCACCUUACUUUUUUCAAUCUUUAUUAACGACAUGCCACUGCCUUUGAAUAAAGGCAGUGUGUCUAUGUAUGCGGAUGACUCCACACAUCAGCUACCACAGCAACUGAAAUGACAGCAACAUUUGACAAAGAGCUGAAGUUAGUUUCAGAAUGGGUGGCAAGGAAUAAGUUAGUCCCAAAUAUUUCAGUUAACCUUAAGUUACAUUGGCCUACUAUGCUAAUUCUGUAGCUGUAUUUUUAGAGGAGUGUAACGAUAAAGAUUUUGUUGGGGCGCUGUCACGAGAAUUAUUAAUCCCAAUGAUGUUAACUCAAAAAUCACGUAAGCUUUGACCAAUUCCCCCGAGGUUGUAAGGCCCGGGUUUAAUAGAAGAAUUAGACAAAGUCUCAGUAUGCAAUAGGUCAAUCCUUUAUUCAGAGAACGUUCUGAAAAUCAUACAUUGCACAUAGCCUUUUAUACCUCACAUUUGGUUAUAACAUACACUUUAUGAAUGCCCCCCCUCUUCUCUAACUCUAUCCCAAUGUUCUACCCAUAUAUUGCUUAUCUUAUUCUGCCACAUGAUCAAUAAUCUUCUGCCUAACGGUUUCUCCCCUCCCUGUGUGGGGAGACUUCCUUCCUGUUAUCAGUUUCACAGUCACAAGAUGUCUGUCGACAGUUCCUCUUUUCCUUGAAUGUCUCAACUAUACUUCUGCUUACAUUGCUAAAUAGUAACAUUCUGUCCUCGUCUUACAUUUACAUUUUAGUCAUUUAGCAGACGCUCUUAUCCAGAGCAACUUACAGUAGAGUGCAUACAUUUUAUUACAUUUUUUACAUACUGAGACAAGGAUAUCCCUACCGGCCAAUCCCUCCCUAACCCCUAACCCGGCCGACGCUAUUCCAAUUGUGCGUCGCCCCACGGACCUCCCGGUUGCGGCCGGCUGCGACAGAGCCUGGGCGUGAACCCAGAGACUCUGGUGGCGCAGCUAGCACUGCGAUGCAGUGCCCUAGACCACUGCGCCACCCGGGAGUCUUGUCCUAUACACACACAUUAUUAUAGCCUUAUAACUCUAAUACAUUUCACACCGUCAUAGAGUUUCAGGGUGGAAUCAUUUAGUCAUUACCUUAAAGAUAUUCCUAACUUUAUCAGGCGCCAGGCAGGUAUUAACCCUAGUUAUUAAAGGGGGGUAAAGAUAAAGAUUUUGUUGGGGCGCCAGGCAGGUAUUAACCCUAGUUAUUAAAGGGGGGUAAAGAUAGUGAUUUUGUUGGGGCGCCAGGCAGGUAUUAACCUGCUGAAAGGAAAAGAGUAGAGUAGUGCUACCAGGCACACAUCAGCAGAAGAUACUGAAUAGAGUGGAGCCUGUUGGCCAGAUAGCCAGUGGAGACUAGAGUGUAGCCUGUUGGCCAGAUAGCCAGUGGAGACUAGAGUGGAGCCUAUUGUCCAGAUAGCCAGUGGAGACUAGAGUGGAGCCUGUUGGCCAGAUAGCCAGUGGAGACUAGAGUGGAGCCUGUUGGCCAGAUAGCCAGUGGAGACUAGAGUGGAGCCUGUUGGCCAGAUAGCCAGUGGAGACUAGAGUGGAGCCUGUUGGCCAGAUAGCCAGUGGAGACUAGAGUGGAGCCUGUUGUCCAGAUAGCCAGUGGAGACUAGAGUGGAGCCUGUUGACCAGAUAGCCAGUGGAGACUAGAGUGGAGCCUGUUGACCAGAUAGCCAGUGGAGACUAGAGUGGAGCCUGUUGGCCAGAUAGCCAGUGGAGACUAGAGUGGAGCCUGUUGGCCAGAUAGCCAGUGGAGACUAGAGUGGAGCCUGUUGGCCAGAUAGCCAGUGGAGACUAGAGUGGAGCCUGUUGGCCAGAUAGCCAGUGGAGACUAGAGUGGAGCCUGUUGACCAGAUAGCCAGUGGAGACUAGAGUGGAGCCUGUUGGCCAGAUAGCCAGUGGAGACUAGAGUGGAGCCUGUUGGCCAGAUAGCCAGUGGAGACUAGAGUGGAGCCUGUUGGCCAGAUAGCCAGUGGAGACUAGAGUGGAGCCUGUUGGCCAGAUAGCCAGUGGAGACUAGAGUGGAGCCUGUUGUCCAGAUAGCCAGUGGAGACUAGAGUGGAGCCUGUUGGCCAGAUAGCCAGUGGAGACUAGAGUGGAGCCUGUUGGCUAGAUA